AUGUCUAUCGAGGACGCACCAUCGCAAGAGCGCAACUGGAAGGACAAAGCCGUGUUCUUCCGUCUGUUCAUCUAUGGCGAGCCAAGCAGGUCAGACAUUGCACUACUUGUCCUCGGAAUCGUUUCAGCAAUUGCCUCCGGAAUCCCUUUUCCGAUCAUGUCAAUCGUGUUCGGUCAAUUGGUGGAUGAGAUGAACUCGACAACCUGUAAUGUGGAUGGCACCAAUGGAGACUCAUACCAAGAUGGAAUCAAUCAGAAAGUAUUGAUGAUCGUGUACAUUGGUAUCGCAUACUUGUUUUUGAUCUAUGUCUAUGUGUUCAGUUGGAAUCUCACAGGCGAGCGCCUAGCUCAACGUCUGCGCGAGAAGUAUUUUAAGGCUCUAAUUCGCCAAGAUGUAGCCUUCUUCGACAAUCUCCCAGCAGGCGAAGCAUCCUCGCGAAUCACAGGUGACAUCACAACCGUCCAGCAAGGAACAUCCGAAAAGGUCGGCAUCGUGAUCAAUGCUCUCGCCUUCUUUGUGACCGCGUACAUCGUGGCUUUCAUCAAAGAUCCCAAGUUGGCUGGUAUGCUGGUGUCGCUAACCCCCGCCUACUUAAUCAUGUCACUGCUGGGAGGAUAUUUCGUCCAGAAGUACUUUGGUCGCGCAUUGGAGAGCAUGAGCAAGGCGUCGUCGGUUGCCUUGGAGGCAUUUUCCAAUACCAUGGUCGUUCAUGCUUUCUCAGCUAACGCGCGGCUGGAGGCGAAGUUCAUUGAGCUGCUCAAUCCUGGUCGGAUUGCAGGAAUUCGAAAGUCGAUUGCAACGGCGACCCAGGCCGGAUUGCUCUAUUUUAUCGCUUUCUCAGCCAAUGCGUUGGCAUUUUGGCAAGGGUCCAGACAGAUCGCGGAUUCUGUAGAAUCUGAAGGUGGUGGUAUCACGGUCGGAGCCACGUACACGGUAAUCUUUAUUCUAGUAGACGCCUCCUUGAUUCUCAGCACGGUGGCUCCCUUCCUUCAAAGCUUCGAUGCCGCCUCCGUAGCUUUCACAAAACUGAAGGCCGACAUCGAACACUCAUCCACAAUCGAUGGUACCUCUAGAAAUAUCGGUGAAGUUUUGUCAGAGGUCAAAGGCCAUAUCGAGUUGCGUGACGUCUCAUUCCAUUUCCCCUCUCGUCCCGACAAGCCAGUGCUUCAAAAUAUCUCCCUUUCGUGUCCCGCUGGUCAACAAACUGCUAUCGUUGGCUUGUCUGGCAGUGGAAAAUCUACUGUUGCCGGGUUAGCAAUAAGACUUUAUGACGCGACAGAAGGAGCUGUUCUGUUAGACGGAUACGAUGUGAAGCACCUGAACGUCCGUGCUCUUAGGAGUCAUGUCAGUCUGGUUCAACAAGAGCCAUGUCUUCUCGAUCGUUCAAUCCUCGAGAACAUUGCAUUGGGUCUCAUCAAUUCCCCGAAACAUGGUCAUCUCCAACAAAUCCUCGCUGGCACAUCGAUCGCUGAAAUUGCAGCCGCGGUGAGAGAUGGCCAAGCCCUAAACUCCGCUGCUCUUGAACAUGGCGACCACGCGCGAGAGUUGGUGCGUUUGGUCGAGAAUGCUGCCCAGCUUGCGGAUGCCAAUAAAUUCAUCGAAAAGCUCCAGGGGGGCUAUGGUACCCCUGUUGGCUCGAGUGGAAACUUGAUCAGUGGCGGACAAAAACAGCGUAUCUCUUUGGCCCGAGCUUUGGUCAAAGACCCUCGGAUUUUGAUACUGGACGAAGCCACGGCAUCUCUUGACUCUGGAACCGAGAUGCGGAUUCAGCGAGCUUUGGAAACUGUGGCGGUGGGUCGCACUGUAAUCACUAUUGCGCACCGUCUGUCAACUAUCAGGAAUGCAGACAACAUUAUCGUCAUGAGACAAGGAAAACUCGUAGAGCAAGGCCCUCAUACAGAGCUUUUAGCGGUGAAUGGCGCCUAUGCAGAGCUUGUCCGUCUUCAAAAUCUCAAUGUUCAAGGUUCUGGGGAGGAAUCAUCCACCCGGUCGGCCUCGCCUGUGGACAGAAUAAUAGAAAAGGCUGAGCCGAAUCUACCCGUGACUGAUGAGGUCAGUGAGAAGGAGGAGACGACUGAUUCACCCGAAGACAAAGGUUCAAAAGAUAAAGAACUCAGUGGCGCGGUUGAUACAAACCGGUCCUUCUCCGCAACAGCAAGGUCUAUGGGGUCCAUGUUCCGCCCUUACGCCUUUGUUUUGGUGUUCGCCGUCGCCGGUGCCGUUGUCAUUGGAGGAACCUACUGCGCAUCUGCGGUGAUUUUUGGUAACGUCGUUGGCAAGCUCAGUGGUUGUGAAGAGCCGCAGAGUAUCCGUGAAGCUGGAGAGUUUUACGGCCUGAUGUUUUUUGUUCUUGCCAUUAUUGAAUUCUUCGCAAAUUUCUUCAGCUGGUCUCUCUUCGGAUGGAUGGCAGAGAAUGUCAUCUAUAAAGUGCGGGUGCUCUCUUUGCGGUCCAUUCUUGAACAGAACCUCGAAUGGCACGAAUCAAAUGACCGCAAUCCUUCACUUUUGCUGUCUUUGAUCACCAAGGAUAGCAAUGCACUAGCUGGCUUGACGGGUUCCGUUGUUUGUACAAUGCUCUCCAUUCUUAUCAAUCUGUUCGCUGCGAUCAUCAUGACGCAUAUCAUCGCGUGGCGCAUCGCAUUAGUCUGUCUUGCGGUCGUACCUCUGCUCCUGGCAGCGGGAUGGAUGCGGGUUAGUUCACUGGCGCAGUUUGAAGAACGUCAUCUGGAAGCAUUCGCUCGGUCAGUUGGAAUCACCGUGGAAGCCGUCAACUCGAUCAAAACCGUCAUGUUGCUCUCUUUGGAACACGAAAUCAUGGGAACAUACCGUCGUUCUUUGGCAGCCCCGAUGAAAGACAUGACGCGCCAAAGCGCGUGGGCAAACCUCUGGCUCGCCAUCGGGUAUGGUCUAAGCAACUUCUUGUACGGUCUUGCCUACUGGUGGGGAGCGAAAAACAUCAUUGCAGGACAUUAUACACAGACACAGUUCUUUAUAGUUCAACUUGCUCUUCUCGUUAGUUCGCAAUUGUGGGGCCAAAUGUUUGCCUUGGCGCCUGAUGUGUCGCGCGCUUUCCAAGCUACGCGUCGCCUGUUGAACCUGUUGGACUUGGGAUCUACAAAGAACCUGUCAGCUCCUAUUCAAGCACUCAUAAUUAAGCCAUCAGACUCUAUAUCUGAUGUAGAGGCUGUCGCAAGCACUCGUGAAAAGUUUGAUAUUACUCGAAAUGGUGUCUGUGUUUCUUUCAAACAGGUGCAGUUCGCGUAUCCUGCGCGUCCAGACACGCGUGUGCUCCAUGGGUUGGAUUUAACCAUCAAACCGGGUCAGUUUGCUGCUCUAGUUGGACCCAGUGGUGCUGGAAAAUCAACAAUUAUCUCACUAGUCGAACGUCUCUAUUCUCCACAAGCAGGUAUCAUUGAGGUUGAUGGCCGAGAUGUUGCCUUCAGUGAAGUUUCUUUCCGAGAUUCGAUAGCAUACGUGCCACAACAAAGUGUUCUCUUUGAAGGAACGAUUCGGUUCAAUCUUUCUCUUGGCGCACGACCCGGAAACGAGAUCACGCAAGCAGACCUGGAAGACGCGUGUCGACUGGCCAAUAUUCACGACGUCAUUGAGCAACUCCCUGAGGGGUACGAUACGCACUGUGGGCCAAACGGUGAUCGUCUCUCAGGAGGCCAAAAGCAGAGACUGGCCAUUGCGCGUGCGCUGAUUCGAAAGCCAAAGCUCUUGCUUUUGGACGAGUCGACAAGUGCUUUGGAUGCAGAGUCUGAACGUCUGCUUCAGGAUGGCCUGGAAAAGGCAACCAAGAACAUGACGGUGAUUGCUAUCGCGCAUCGUUUGUACACGAUCCGCAAGGCGGAUGUAAUCUUCCUGAUUGAGGAUGGGCGAUGUGUCGAAUCGGGCACCCAUGCCCAAUUGAUCGAGCGGAGCGAGAGUUACCGUGUCAAUGCACUCAACCAGACAGUCGAUGAAUAG